AUGGACAAACCACACCUCAUUUAUAACUUUGAUGAGAAAGGUAUACAAACUGAGCACCGUCCCCCAAAAGUUCUUUCAGUGGGUGAGACGGUACCGGCAAUUUCUUCAGCACGUUCAUCUAUCACUACUUUGCUUGGGUGUGGCAAUGCAUUGGGCACACAAAUUCCGCCAUAUUUUAUAUUCAAAGGCCAGCGUAUGUAUGAUGAGCUUCUUGCUGGAUCAAGUCAUGGCGCAUCUGGUACAAUCACAGAGUCUGGAUGGUCGAAUACACAGGUGUUCCUCAAAUACCUUGAUGAGCAUUUCCUGAAAUUUAUGCAAAGAUCUAGUCCUGACCAGCCUGUUCUUCUGAUACUUGAUGGCCACAGAUCCCAUGUGAAUGUAUCUGUACUUGACUGGGCGAAACAGCACAAUGUCAUUUUAUCUAUUCUACCAGCCCAUACCAGUCACAUUCUGCAGCCCCUGGAUGUCGGCUGCUUUGGCCCCUUGCAGAGGAUUUACAACUCUGAGUGUCACAAAUUUCUGCGUGCUUCACCAGAAUCCAGAAUCACACGUUAUAACGUAUGUCAGCUGGCCUGCACAGCAUAUACAUCUGCCUUAUCCCCAAACAAUCUUCGGGCAAGUUUCAUGAAGACAGGUAUUUUUCCUUUUGACUGUCAGCAAGUAUCAGCAAAUCAGGCAGCACCAUCACAUGCCUACCAGCCACCUACAUGCUAG